AUGUCAGUCACCGUGCUCGUGGUCUGCAACCGCAACUCAGGCCUCGGGAAACCAGCAGUAGGACAGGUGACACAGACGUCUGCACCUGCCCUGCUCAACCCUGACGUCCCUCCAGCCAGCGGCCUUCUGAGACUCAAGGACAACAACACUGGCAUCACCUUCCUCAUCGACACUGGAGCCGAGUACAGUGUUCUUCCAGCGACACCCACCGAUCGUGCUCGCGGAACCAACGGACUGGAUCUGCAAGCAGCCAACAACAGCAGCAUCCAGACCUAUGCUCGACUCGCCACUGCCAAGGCAGAGUUCCAGCGCCUCCUCAGUCUCGGAGUCAUCCGACCCAGCAGCAGUCGGUAUGCAUCACCGCUGCACAUGGUGCCCAAGUCGUCUGGAGAUUGGAGACCCUGUGGAGAUUACCGUGCACUGAACCGCAUCACAGUGCCUGACCGGUACCCACUACCACAUCUCCAUGACUUCACUGCCUGCCUCGCUGGGACAUCGAUCUACUCUCGGCUCGACCUCGUCAGGGCCUUCAACCAGAUACCGAUGGCCCCAGAAGACAUCGCCAAGACAGCGAUCACAACGCCCUUCGGCGCCUUCGAGUUCCUCCGCAUGCCGUACGGUCUCCGGAACUGCGCUCAAACCUUCCAACGGUUCAUGGAUCACAUCCUCCGUGGCCUGGACUUCGCCUUCGUCUAUGUAGACGACAUCCUCAUCGCCAGCAGCAGCAUCUCGGAACAUCUCAUACAUCUCCGAGAGGUCUUCAGCCGUCUUUCCCGCAACGGUGUGCUCCUCAACCCAUCGAAGUGCGCCUUCGGCAUGGAAAGCAUCUCCUACCUCGGCCACCAGAUCUCCAGCGGAGGCAUCACUCCUCUCGACGAUCGAGUCAGCGCGAUCAAGAACUUCGACCGUCCAGAGUCAAAGAAGAGCCUCAAGAAGUUCCUGGGGAUGAUCAACUUCUACCAUCGCUUCAUCCCACACGCUGCUGCUCUUCUGCCUCUCGCCUUCUUCUCGCGCAAGUUCACGCCCACCCAACGCCGCUACAGCACCUUUGGACGGGAAUUGCUCGCCAUGUACCUCGCCGUGCGACAUUUCCUGCCCUAUCUGGAAGGACGCGACUUCGAGAUCCUCACGGACCACAAGCCGCUCGUCUUUGCUCUCAAGGCCAACGGCAAUGCCAACCAUUCUCUCCGUGAACAACGUCACAUGGACCUGAUUCUGCAGCACACCAGCAAGAUCGGACAUGUUCCUGGACACCUCAACCCGGUAGCUGACGCCAUCUCACGGAUCAGCUCAGUGUUCAUCUGGCCCCACAUCAACGCGGACAUCCGUGCCUUCGUCCGGAGCUGCCAGCACUGUCAGCGUGCCAAGAUCCAGCGCCACACGAAGCCACCCAUGGGCAGCUUCCAGCCACCUGACUCUCGCUUCCUGCACAUCCACAUCGACCUUGUCGGACCACUUCCUCCGUCCCAUGGCAACUCAUAUCUCCUGACUGUCGUCGACCGCUUCACCCGAUGGCCCGAGGCAAUUCCUCUGCCCACCAUGGACGCGGUCACAGUGGCUCGGCAUCUCGUCAGCGGCUGGAUCGCCCGCUUCGGAGUACCCGAACUCAUCACCACCGACAGAGGAUCCCAGUUCGAGUCCCGCCUCUGGACAGAAGUCUCCAAGCUUCUCGGCACCUCUCGGAUCCGGACCUGCGCCUACCACCCAGAAGCAAACGGGAUGGUAGAGCGCUUCCACCGCCAACUGAAGUCAGCUCUGCGGACCGAUGACGACGCCGCCUCCUGGUCGGACCGACUUCCUCUGGUGCUACUCGGAGUGCGCACGGCCCUCAAGGAGGAUCUCGGAUGCACCGCUGCAGACCUAGUCUAUGGUUGCAGUCUCCGACUUCCUGGUGACUUCCUCUCCCCCAUGUCGUCGGACACUUCUUCUGAUCCGGCUUCCCUAGCCUCUCGUCUCCGUGCCGCCAUGUCGGAGCUCCGUCCAACUCCUCCUCGUCCUGGCUCCCGCCAAAUCUUCAUCUCUCAAGACAUGCAAACCUGCUCCCACGUCUUCAUCCGACGCGAUUCGCAUCGCUCUCCUUUCCAAUACGUCUAUGACGGUCCUUAUCGCGUCAUAUCCCGCGACCAGCACACCGUCACCAUCGACCGUCUCGGGCGACGCGACACCGUCACCCUGGCUCGGUGUAAACCGGCCUUCACGGACAACAUGCCUGCCGCAACGCCGCCUGCAGCACCGGACGUCCUGGUGAACGACACGCCUCCUACGGCGCCAGACAGCUCGGUGGACCGCCCGCCUACUGCACCCAUCCGCUCAGGAAGCAAUCCUGAUCCUUAA